CGGAAGCACAAACAGCGUAAUCCCACAAACAGAGAAAGAGAAAAGGAAUAGAAUCCUAUCGUAAUAUUAUUAUUCUCUGGGUUCAAUAAUACAUGUAAUUGUUAAGUUAUCUAGUUUUGCAGCCUCAGAAAGAAAGAGAAGAGAAAACUUGAAGAACACAAGGCUCUCAACUUCAGCUGCAAGCAGCAUGAACAUGGAGAGAACACUUGCACAGUACAGUGCAGACGCUGAGAUUCUUGCAGAGUUCGAGCAAUCAAACGUGUCCGGUAAAUCAUUUGACUACUCAAAGUCAGUGGUUGACCCACCGAAAUCAGUCUCUGAGGAGAAGAUGACUGCCUACUUGUCAAGAAUCCAAAGGGGCGGACUCAUCCAGCCCUUUGGCUGCAUGCUGGCAGUCGAAGAACCGACUUUCAACAUCAUUGGCUACAGCCAGAAUUCAUUUCACCUCUUGGGUGUCAAGACUCAGUCCGACACCGAAGAGUUAAUGGGUGGUCUUCUUGGAGUUGAUGCCACUACACUCUUUACUCCUGCUUCCGGGGCUUCGCUUGCAAAAGCUGUGGCAUCGAGGGAAAUCUCGCUUCUUAAUCCUGUUUGGGUGUACGCAAGGGCAACGCAGAAGCCGUUUUACGCGAUACUUCACCGGAUUGAUGUCGGAGUUGUGAUAGAUUUGGAACCUGCAAGGUCUAGUGACCCUGCAUUGUCGUUCGCAGGAGCGGUUCAGUCGCAGAAGCUAGCCGUUAGAGCGAUUUCUCGGCUGCAAUCGCUUCCCGGCGGAGACAUUGGUCUUCUGUGUGACUCUGUUGUAGGGGAAGUUCAAAAGCUUACCGGAUAUGACAGAGUUAUGGUGUAUAAAUUCUACGAGGACGAUCACGGGGAGGUUGUUUCGGAGAUUAGGAGGUUGGAUUUGGAGUCUUAUUUGGGCCUGCACUACCCUGCCACUGAUAUCCCUCAAGCCUCAAGAUUCUUGUUCAAGCAAAAUCGCGUUCGGAUGAUUUGUGAUUGUAAUGCUAAGCCGGUUAAGGUAACUCAGAACCAAGAGUUGAGUCAACCACUUUGCUUGGUGAACUCAACUCUGAGGGCGCCACAUGGUUGUCACACGCAGUACAUGGCUAACAUGGGCUCCAUUGCUUCUCUGGUUAUGUCAAUUGUGGUAAAUACCAAAGAUUCCAUGAAGCUAUGGGGUUUGCUAGUGUGCCAUCACACUGCGCCGCGCUAUGUGCCUUUUCCGGUUCGCUACGCUUGUGAAUUUCUUAUGCAGGCUUUUGGAGUGCAGCUUUACAUGGAGAUUCAGUUAGCAGCGCAAAUGGCAGAGAAAAAGAUUCUCAAGACACAAACUUUGCUGUGUGACAUGCUCCUUCGCGACGCGCCGUUUGGGAUUGUUACUCAGUCUCCUAAUAUCAAGGAUCUUGUCAAGUGUGAUGGGGCUGCCCUGUAUUAUGAUGGGAACUGUUGGUUGUUAGGCACAACGCCGUCGGAAUCACAGGUAAAAGACAUUGCUGAAUGGUUGCUUAGUACUCACGGUGACUCGACCGGUUUGAGUACAGACAGUUUGGCUGAUGCUGGUUAUCCUGGGGCUGUUUUACUUGGGGAUGCAGUGUGUGGCAUGGCGAUGGCGCGAAUCAGUUCGAGGCAUUUCUUGUUCUGGUUCCGAUCUCACACUGCUAAGGAAGUUAAGUGGGGAGGGGCCAAACACCAUCCUGAGGAUAAGGAUGAUGGAUGGAAAAUGAAUCCAAGAUCAUCAUUCAAAGCAUUUCUUGAAGUUGUUAAGAGCAAAAGUUCGCCUUGGGAGGCUUCCGAAAUCAAUGCUAUUCACUCAUUGCAACUUAUAAUUAGAGAUUCAUUUCACAAUUCAGAGAAUAGUGGUAUUAAGGCUAUGAACUACAUACAGAGAAGUGAUGCUUCGAGUGGUGGGAUUGAUGAGCUAAGUUCAGUAGCAUUUGAAAUGGUGAGGUUAAUUGAGACGGCAACUGUGCCGAUUUUCGGGGUUGACACAGGUGGCCUAAUCAAUGGUUGGAAUGUGAAAAUUGCGGAAUUGACAGGUUUGCUGGCAAAUGAAGCUAUUGGAAAAUCACUAGUGAAUGAAGUAGCGCAUGCAGACUCGCGCAACAAUCUUGAAAAUAUUCAAAGUAAAGCCCUGCAAGGCUUAGAAGACAAGAAUUUUGAGUUGAAAUUGAAACAUUUUGGGAAUCAACAAGAAAAUGGAGUUGUAUAUCUCAUAGUGAAUGCUUGCACAAGUAGAGAUUACACAAAUGCUGUUGUUGGGGUAUGCUUUGUAGGCCAAGAUAUCACUUGUGAGAAAGUUGUUCUGGACAAAUUUGUCAAGUUGGAAGGUGAUUACAAAGCUAUCAUACAGAGUCUCAAUCCGCUGAUUCCGCCGAUAUUUGCUUCUGACGAGAGCGCCUGCUGCUCCGAAUGGAAUGCAGCCAUGGAAAGGAUAACUGGCUGGAAGAGAGACGAAGUCAUAGGAAAACUUCUUCCCGGGGAAAUCUUUGGAAGCUUUGUUAGACUGAAAGGUCAAGAUACACUGACUAACUUCAUGAUCUUGCUUUACCGGGGAAUUAGCGGACAAGAAUUCGAGAAGUUUCCCUUCGGAUUUUUUGAUAGGAACGGAGAGUUUAUAGAGGCUUACAUCACUGCUAACAAGAGGAUCGAUACGAGUGGGAACAUGAUUGGCUGUUUCUGCUUCUUGCAGAUUGUAUCUCGCGAUCCGAAUCAGCCUUCGGAUGGACAAAAUCUUCCUCAAGGGAGGAAGAGUAUAUCUGAGUCUAAGGAGUUUGCUUAUAUAUUACAAGAGAUGAUGAAUCCUUUAAACGGUAUUCGGUUUACGCAUAAGCUUCUGGAGAAAACAGCUGUCUCAGAAAGCCAGAAACAGUUUCUUGACACUAGUGCUGCUUGUGAAAGACAGAUAAUGGCAAUUAUUGAGGAAACAUACAUAGGAAGUAUCAAAGAAGGCAGCAGUGUGCAGCUAAACAUGGAGGAAUUUCUUCUUGGGAGUAUUCUAGAUGCCAUUGUGAGUCAAGUGAUGCUGUUGGUGAGAGGAAAAAGCUUGCAGCUGUUUCAUGAAAUUCCUGAUGAAAUGAAAACUCUUGCUCUGUAUGGUGAUCAAAUAAAGCUUCAAGUGGUCUUAUCUGACAUUCUGCUUAAUGUAGUCAACCAUACACCAUCUCCAAAUGGCUGGGUUGAAAUCAAGAUUUCACCUGGUUUGAAGAUAAUUCAGGACGGCCAUGAGUUUAUCCAUUUGAAGUUCAGAAUGAGCCAUUCCGGUCAAGGUCUUCCUUCUAACACACUUCAGGAUAUGUUUGAAGAAGGGAAUCAAUGGACUACACAAGAAGGUUUAGGGCUAUAUAUGUCAAGAAAAAUGCUUAGUAGGAUGAAUGGUCAUGUUCACUAUGCGAGAGAACAAAAUAAGUGCUACUUCCUCAUUGAUCUUGAACUUAGAACAAGAAAAGAAAGGCAAAGGAAUUUGCAAGCGGAGACAAGCAUGUUGAGUUAACUUUUCUUUUUUCAUAAACUAGAUUUGAUGCUUGAUAGAAAUUGUUUAGUUAGAGAAAAUAUAUAUAUAGAAAGUAUAGGGAGUGAAUGGAAUAUCUGUACUGGCUUUAAAAAUAAUACAGUUCUUUUUUUUUCUAAAAUUAA